AUGAGCAGAACACCUGGACCAGCUGGAACAGAAAGUGAGAACGCCAGACUCCGAGAAGAGGUGAAGCUUCUGCGUGAGGAGCUACGGCACCUGACAUUGAGGGUAGACAGACAAGGAGAUCAGUUGAACGAGCUGAGUGAAUCCGUUGUCGGGACAUCAGUCCAAUCCUUCGAAGUUGUGAGUUCGGCAGGGGUUUCUGCAGUGCCUGGUGGAAGUCAAGCAGCUGGACACGCGACUGGUUGUGAGGCCGCCGAUCCGGUUGGUCCCUAUCCUUGGCCUUUGCGUGAAGCUGUGGCGAGAGACAUUGGUGCAUUUUUGAAACGCUGCUUGGACGGUGAGCACAGAGGAGAAUCCGGACGAGAUCGCAUCAAGGGUCUACAGAGCAGGGUCUACAUUGUGGUCAGAGAUUUUGAUCGCAAAGUUUACAAUCCACCUUUGCUGCUGAAGACUUUUGGUGAAGUCAAGGGGUAUUGCAAGAGAGACGGGAGCUGCGGUGAUUCGAUUUUCAUCGGAGCCUUAUCCGACCGGGGUGCUCACAGCGAUUCAGAAGGGCCGGAACCAGUGGCUUUAGGGCCACGCGAUUUUGUUGUGGCGCAAGAAGACGGCACGGCUGAUUUCCUUUACCGUGUCGGAAGACUUCCUUUACCUGAGCUUGGGCUGCUGACUGCAGUGGUUGCAGUUGCUGACAUAGACGGAAAGCUGCUUGUUGCCCUGCCGGAAGGCGUCUGGAACAGAUCAGUUGCGAAGCGGCUCCUACCUCAGAGGGCCAUUUCAAAACCACUUUUGUGCUCUGUAGCCGCCUGUCAGGCUGACAAGCGGGAAGUUUUGGGUUUUGACGCUGUGGACAUUAAGGUAUGGUUUGGUUUGCUGCACCCUGCGAUGGAGGGAGAUGUGGACUAUGUGGGAGAGGACGAGAUCCACUACCACUUCAGCCCGGAGGGCGAAGAGCCUCUCUUUCCUUACGGACCAGCACUGGUCGAGGUUGCUCAAGCUCACUAUUCCUUCAGCACUGCGGACGAGGGGAUUCCCAAAGACGUUCCAGAAUGCCCUCCAAAUUUCACUGGGGUGUCAGAGGAGCGUUUUCAGAAACUGGAGCUGGCACUGGAGGGGAUGCAGAGAGGGCUUCAGCAGUUGUUGGGGGCCCGUGUGGGAGCCUCUCCAAAGACUUUGGCUCGCCCGUUGCCACCUCCACCUGUCAACAAGGCUCCCAAGAGCAACGCAGUGGGAUCCCAGGAGGUUGCAGGCCUAGAACCAGAAGUUGUUCAGUCAGCUUUGGCGGCGGGAAUUCCUUUGGCUCAUUUGGAAGAGAUGGGAUCCAUUUUGAAAGGCAAACCUCGACGGAUAGAAGAGCUGCCCCGGAAGAGGCCUGUUCAGAAAACAAAGCAAGGUCCUUUGAGCGAAAGCGAAGAAGAGGAAGAUGUGGAGGCAGAAGAGGAAGGCCUUCCUUCCGGCGGAUCUGGAGAGCAAGAAGGUGCUGGCCCGCAGCGCAGCAUGGAACGAGCAAUAGUGAAACUUACUGCAAUUGCUGCGAAGCUGGCGGGUCCCAAAGAAAAGCACAAGAUCGACAGUUUGCUGGACGGCGGCAGUGGUGGAGCCAAUUUGCAGAGCGACUUUCUUGCCCGGCCGAUUCAACCGGGAGAACCACUUGCUUCAGGCACCACUGUGAGGGGCUGGCUGACUGCCCGCUCCAGAAUCCAACUCUACCACAAUCAUGUCCGUUGGGCUUGGCAGGUCGGUGGGAUCUGGGACUGUCUCAUAGCUGGAAGACACGAGGAGGCGAGAGCGAGAUGUGCCCUACUGAUUGGAGCGGCAGAUCAAGCUUCAAUCGAUGGAGGCAACUGGGUAGUGUCGAAUGUGGCCCUGCUGGAAGCUCCACCUCCUUAUCAAAGCUUUGCGACGCAUCAGUCUCCGAGCCCGCUCGAGCUGCAGCACAGUGUCCUCUACGACCAUCGCUGGGCGGAGACCUUUCUGGGGCAUCUCAAGGAGGUGGACUCAUUUGUGGACGCCAAGAAGAAACUCGGCUCCGGGAAGGGUGCCCAGAAAGAUCAAGCAGAGACCGGGACCGGUCAGCCCAAACCCAAGCCGAAGGCGAAGUCAAGGGAGAAGGGAGACAAAGGUCGAAAGGGCCAAGAGAGUUCCUCGCAAGAAGAGGCGGGUGAUCGGCCAAAUUCAAUUCACGUCCCUGGAAGCAAUGCCUCUACCUUUACUGGACGUGGUGUUUUGCAAGGCCUAUUGCGGCAUCUUCUAAGAAGUCGGUGCCGGUUGGGUGCUUUUGCACGAAGUUUGCUUGCCUGGCAGUUUGCGCCUUCUACUGAGGAGGUGACGGGCCCUGCAGAACUUUUUCCUCUCCCUCUGCCGUACCCUGAAGUUUUUCAGAGCUCAAUGGAACGUUUUGACAAACGCAACACGCUGAAGAAGGGCACUGUAGCAAUUGUCAUAGGGCUGAACUACCUCUUUUUGCAUAGAUCCAAACAUGUGGGCGAUGCUUUUGGUGGGCGGAGGAAACUGAGCAGAUGUCAGUGGGAGGCGGUUCGAAGAAUCGAGAAGUUUUUGCAAGCCUGGAUCGAAGUUUCACCUAUAACUCCUGAAGUCAUGGGUCGGACGUCUGGAAAGAUUGAAAGCCUUGAGGAGAUGCUGACCGAACUUCAUGAGCAUGCUCAUUCUCUAGCGAAGUCUGGAGGUGGGUAUUUCCAGUCUCGACAACAAGCAGAGAAGCCAGGGCGACCAGUGCCUGUCCCGGCCUCAAAAGGCAAGCUGCUGACCACUGAGAGCUUUUCCACCUUCAAGCAAGUCGAAGCCAGCAGGUUGACGUUUGUAGGUUUGUUUGCAGUGCCAAAAGACCUGGAUCGAGACAGGCUGAUUCUUGACUCCAGAGGUGCAAAUUUGCUGGAGACUCCACCGCAGCGGUGGAUUAAAAGUUUGGCGUCUGCAGAAACUUUGUGUAGGAUCAGUUUGGAAGACGAUGAGGUUUUAGCUUGUUCUGGCAACGACCUUAGGGACUUCUACUACCUGUUCAAAGCAACCCAGAGCCGGAGCCGUCGCAAUGUUUUGGUAGGGCCUAUGCACCCCCAGGAGCUUACUGGUUUGCGAGCGUUGCGGCAAGAACACCUGCAGUCUAAGGUUGUCUAUGGGUCUUUGAACACUCUUGCCAUGGGCGAUUGCCAAGCAGUUGAACUCGCUCAAAGCUGUCACCUUGGUUUGGCCCUCCAGAAAGGAAUUGUCGAUUCCGACAGCCUCACAACCAUGUACAAGCCUGUACCAAGAUCUAGGACCAUGGUGGGGUUAGUCAUUGACGAUUUCGUUAGCAUGAGCAAGGUGAAGGAAUCUGUCUUUGAAAAGGGUUCAAGCGAAGGAGCUCAGCGGGCUGAAGCAAUGCAGAGCGCAUACCAGGAGGUCAAGCUCAUUCCAAAUGUCAAAAAGGGGUUCAGAGACGAGUUGCAGUGCAGUUUUUGGGGUGCUGACGUUGACGGAAAAAAUGGUUUGAUUCGGGGCUCGCUUAAGAGAGCAGUGCCGCUGGCCGGAAUCAUCUUGAGGCUUGUCAGGAUUGGUCAUUGCAGUGGAGAUUUAAUGCAAGUCAUAGUGGGUGCCAUCAUUUCAUUGUUUUUGUUCCGUCGGAGACUCCUCUGCCUUCUGGACUCAUGCUUUGACUCUUACAGGGGAAGACCGAUGGACGAAAUUUUUCUUCUUUCAGGGCGGUGCAAGAGUGAUCUACUCUUGGUGGCCAUUUUGCUCCCCAUGGCCGCUACCAACAUACGUGCCAGAACGCCCGAGUUAGUUGCAGCCGCAGACGCCUCGAAUUGGGGAGAAGCCGGAGUGUUUAGCCGCAUUCCGCGACUAAUUGGAAAGGAGCUCAUACGGCAUUGUCUGCGAAAGUCUGUUUGGGUGCGAUUACUGACACCUAGCCAAGCGGUUCUGAGGAGUCAUGGUUUACUGCCUGAAGAGGAGGAGUUGCCAGACCACGAUGAAUGUUUCAAGAGUAAUCCUCUGUGGACUUGGCUUGCGGAAGGACUCAAAUACAAUCUGCUCUUUGCCAAAGCUAAGACUGGAAACCGGCACAUCAACAUAGGUGAAGUCAGAGGUGUUCUGCGUACUGAGAAACUCUUGGGCUUGCGACGUCCUAGCUGCAGACACCUUAUUGGAGCUGACUCUCAGGUUGCAUUGGGCGCUUUAGUAAAAGGGCGUUCGAGUAGUGCGGCCAUCAAUGAAGAGUUGAGCCGAUCUUUGCCGUGGAUGUUGGGGCUUGAUUCCUACUUAGAUUUGAUGUACUUCAACACUCUUAGCAACAGAGCAGAUGACCCAACAAGAGGGAAGGAAAUUGCAGGAGCGAGUAGAGAGCUUCCUUUUUGGUGGUCAGCGCUUGCAGAAGGAGACUUUCAACAGUUUGAUAUUUGGCUUCAUGAGCAUGGGUUGGAUGAUGAAACGUUAUCUGAAUUGCCCAGUUUUUCGGAGCUUUGUGGGGACUGCCCCGUUCCCGGCAUUUUGCCGGCUUUUUUGAGGACAGAGCAGACUGAUGACAGCAGCAUGGAGAGAUACCCCGCCCUGCCUGAAACUUUUCAAAGAGAGGCCGCAGUACAGGUGGAAGAACCCUUGCCGAGCUCUACUACUUCAGCGCAGCUCAACUUUGAGACUGCGAUUAACGGAGAGCGGGGGGUUGCCAAGGAACUUUCAAAGCAGUGGUGCACCUGGAGCCUCUGCUUCGACUUGGAACAUAGCCCAAAUGAGGACCUGGACGAUCCAAAGUUGCGAGUCCAGCUCAUUCAACUUUUGAGGAAGACAGGAGUUUUGACCCGAGCUCUUGCGCUCGGGCUGGCAGUUUGCGCAUUGGAGAAGCCACCAAUCCUGGCCCACGAAGACCUAGGGGAGGACUUAGGCGAGCCCUUAGCAGCCUUGAGGAUGCGCAUUCGCCAUUUACAGACGCUUGAAAGCUACUUGCAGGAAGUUAUAGCCUCUACUGUGAUCAGUGAGCUUCGACCUCAAGCUCGACAGAAGGUGAUGUGUGCUGCUGCGUUA